GAGUUCCUCCAGCAUUUUGUGUGUGUUACUCUGGAUUUCCAGGCAUUUGCAGAAUCGAUAGGAAGAGGUACAGUCGACGUUUCGGGCCGAGACAACCUUCCCACCAAUCUCUCUCCUGGCACUUAUCCUUAUGCUAUGUCAGAGGGAAAUCAUAAGAAGUACCAUUGGUUCAACUUCAUGAGGAAUUACUCAGACCAUUGCAAACUAAAUAUUUUUUUCUGUCCUCGGAUUUCAAAGUUUUUGUGGUGUAAGAUACAACAGUCCAUGAGGCACAUGCAUCUGGAGACUUCUCAGAAAGAGCAGUCCAACAACUUGUCUCGGCAGGCUACAAGCCAUGCAGAUGGGAGCUUCCAAGAUACACCAAUGAGCGACUAUCGCUUGGACUCUAGUGAUGUCAUCCCUGAAAGAGGAAUUUUGGCAGGGUAUAGUGAGAACGAGGUUAGAAUUCAAAAAGUGUAUCAGCUUUCAAUAUUUUCUCACCUUUCUAACUCUUCAAAUAGCUUGGAACAGAAAAAUUGCAAACGGAGUAUUAAAAGAAGUGUAACUGAACUUCAUCCAGAUCUUGAACUUGAACUCAAUCAGAAAAGAAUUCACCUGCAUUGCAAAAAUUCUGCCACGUUGACUGAAAAUUUAAAUGCAUCUCAUUGUGGAGUUGAUGAUAGUCUUUCUGAAAAAAACAUAGAAAAGGCAGCUGACUAUACGGAUCAACAAGAUGUUAGCUUCCAUGAUGAAGAACCAAUUGUGCAUGGUUCUGCACAACACUUUUGUCAUAGUGGUUUGCAUGUUAUUGAACAUAAAGACUUCCAAGACAGUAUUUUGAUCGAAGAUGGUGAGACAGGCACACCUAGAAAUAAACUGGUGCCAAUGACACCAACCUCCGAGAAAGAGGUUCAGCCUAUUACCAACACUGGACUGCUAUCAUCUGAAAAAACACCUUCCUCUUUAGGACACUCAAGUACAAUCUCUGUCAGAUGUACAGCAAAACGAAAGCUGCUAUCACCAACAAAUGCAUUAGGGAAAGAUUUGUGCUUAGGGGACGAAACCCCCUCUGUUGCAAAGAAAUGUAGGAUUCAGUUAACUAAUUCCAUCCCAGUUUCUUGCAGAAGUACUGAUGCCAAAGCAGCGCCUUUCUGGAAUCACUUACUUCCAUCCUCAAGAGAUGCAGCCAAGAAUUCUUCUGACUGCAUCAGUGCUGCCAGAAGGUUAAAGAAUGGAUUGCGUCUGAAAUCGAGACACCUAAGGAGUGCACUUACGGGAGAAUCCAAUAAGUUUUCAUCAAGAAACAACACAAGUUUUUCUGUUAGUCGUUCUUUGCUUGGAAAUUUUGAGGAAUCCUUGUUAAAUGGCAGGUUUGCACCAUCAGGAAGAAUUGAAGGUUUUACAGCUGAACUUGGGGCAAGUGGAUCAUAUUGCCCACAGCAUGUAACAUUACCUGUGGAUGUGUCUUACUAUAAUAUUUCUGAACAUAGCGCCCCAUCACCAUUCCUGGGUGUGAUAAAUCUGGAAUCUUUGGGAAAGAAGGGUUACAAUGUCCCCAAGGCUGGAACCAUCCAAGUGACCUUAUUCAACCCAAACAAAACUGUGGUGAAAAUGUUUCUAGUAACAUACGACUUCAGUGACAUGCCACCAAACCACAUAACACUUCUGCGCCACAGGAUCUUCCUUGUACCAGUGGAAGAAAAUGAAGGAACAUGUGAAAAUAUGGAAAAUUCGGAAGUAAAAAGAAAAGUACUAUGUUAUCUGAUUCAUUUAAGGUUUCAGAGUUCCAAGUCUGGAAAAAUCUACUUGCACAGUGAUAUUAGGCUGCUGUUUUCCCGAAAAUCAAGUGAAGUGGAUGCUGGGAUACCUUACGAGUUAAAGUCAUUUACAGAAAUGCCAAGAAAUCCAAAAUAUUCACCACGAGUUUAGCACAUCAAUUUCAAGACUAUCUAUAUUGGAAUUCAGUAAUUAUUUAUCUAGCAAUUGGUUCUAACUAUGGAGAAAGAUUUUCAGUUCAGUGUUAAAACGCAUGCUUUGUAAUAAAUAUUAAAGAUCUGUUUAAAGUGCAGUUUCCAAUGGUGUCAUUCUGUACAUUUUGAUUUUAAAAAGCACAGGAAACUUGCUUUAAUGUAGGCUUGAAAUAAUAUUUAAUAUACACUUUUGCUCUCAGUUGAUGGAAAUUUAAUUCUUUAAUCUCAGUAUCAAAAUCCCAUUUUACUUUGAAACAUUGAUCUAUUUAUCUUAAAUAUCUUUCAUUGCCUAUAUUAAUGAUUAUUGUAAUUAUGUGUUCCCUGAUUCAUAAACUGUCAGGACCACAAAAGACACAUUUGCAGUUUGGGAAUAAAUAAUAAUAGUUUGAUUUAACUCUUUAAUUUAUAGGUCUUGUGCAAAAAUCUUUACAAUACGUAAUGUACAAUGUGAAUGUUGCUGCUUCCAGAUUUACUUUUGGGAAAACCUCUUUCCUUCUCCAAAAACUUAAUUUUCUCCCUAAGAGGUUCAUAAACCUCAAAGUUAAUUUUGCUGCAAAAACUAAUUUUAACUUGUUCUAAUCUUCUCCCACUUAGAAAUAAUACUAACAAGGCCAUUGGGAAAGGAAAAGGAAGGUGAGAAAAGCUGGUUGAAUUGGCAGUAGUUUAGACCUUUUUUCAAUUUAAUUUAAAUUCUCCCAUUUUAGAAUUAUGUCCAACUUUUGGCAUUUGGCAAUGGCAAAAGAGCUGUUCUCUGGAUGGAAGCUGAAGUAGGAAAUCUCCUCCUGUUAUUUUUCCACAACCAGCUGGCAAAUCCAUGAGACAAAAGGGUGAACUCUGAUUAGUUUUUUUUUAAUUUUUGGUUUCUUCCCCAAUCAACAGAAGAAUAUCAAGCCUCUGCUUUCCCCUUGAUGCCUCAACAGUUAAAAUGUCCUUUUACUUGGCACACACAAAUUGAUUACAAAUGCACUGUGAUGUUUGGUGAUAGUUAAUGAACUUUUAUAUUUGCCAAAGUAUUUGAGAAAGGGUGAGUUCCUUCGAUGUUCUGAUAACUAACUCUUCAUUCUGGAGUAAAUGAAACUUUUUGUAUGGGCAAACUGUAGAUUAAAGAGUUAAUUAAAAUGUUUCCUAAUGUUAAUUUUACUUUUCCAUUAUGCACUGUGUAGUAUUAUAUUCAGAAGGUACGCUUCAGAAAAGACAUUAGUUUUUGUUCUUAAUAUUAUCAUUGUUGUUCAAACUCCUAAACCUACUAAUCAUAUUGUUGAAACAGUUGUAGAAACAUAAAGCAAAGUGAAGUAGAUUGUAUUUUUUGAUGGAAUAAACUG